UUGUAAUUAGUGAAAAAACCAAAAUAUUUAGGAAUCCGUAAAGACAAACACCUUCGUUGCUUCAUUCACUUGCACCCUUUUUCUGAGAAAAUAAGUGUGUCCAUGGCGAACCAGGCCGCAGCUGCUUCUUCCUCUUCUUCUGCUCCUUUGGAAGAAGAUGAGGAGUUGUUGUACGGAGCCGAAUCAGGUUGGGUAGAGGCGAAGACCACCUGCGAUCACUUGCCUUCCCUCUCCUCCGAUCUCGCUCAUAUCCCCACACCUCAUACUCCUUGCCACACGUGCCAACACCCAAAAGAGAAUUGGCUGUGUUUGUGCUGCAAGGAGGUAUUGUGUAGCCGUUUUGUGAACAAGCACAUGCUCAAUCAUUACCACCAAACACACCAUUCUCUUGUACUUAGCUACAGUGAUUUAUCAGUUUGGUGCUUCUCCUGUGAGGCCUACUUGGAUGCACAGUUGAUCCAGCAACUGCGGCCAGUCCAUGAAACAGCAUAUCUACUGAAGUUCGGCGAGGCUCCUCCCUUUAGAUCGGUUUGAAGACAGGAAUGGACAAUAAUCAGAGCAGGGUUCAUGGAGGUUGUUGCUUUGUUUUGACCAUUUAGCUUUGUUAGAAUCAAAAUGUGUACCUUCGUUUAAGUACAUUUGAACAUUGUUGCCUAUCUAUAGGUUUCUAUCCUUGUUUCAACUGCCUUUAUGAAAAACUGGAGGAAUUACUACCACUUCAAUGAAAUGUCUAUAUAUAUAGUAAUUUACAAAA